CGACCCUCGGGGCGCCACGUGGAUGUAGCUGCCCGUCGAGUGGCCCCCGGCGGUCCUGUCUGCUGCCGAAGGGAGGCUGCCUCGCUUCUGAAUCGCCCUCCCCGGCUCAUCGGGGGGACCCUCCUUCCUUCCCUCUUGCCCGCCCGGCCCGGCCCGGCCCGGCCCCACCCCGCGGUGCCCCCUGGACCAGCGGGCGCCGCAGGGACCCCCACAUGCCUUCUGUGGCGCGGCCGCGGAUGGGGUGCCUUUCUCCGCGUUCCCUGCAGGGCCACUCCGGGCGGCCAGGCGGCCAGGCGGGCUCGGGCGCUCGCCUCCCCUGAGCCCCGGGGGGGCGUCCCCGCGACCGGGCGCCGCCGAGGAAGGGCGCCCCGCUUGCUUGCACCUGCGGACGAGCCGCGCCAAGGGAGGGCGCGGAGCGGAGGGGGCGGCGGCGGCAGCUCCCUCUCCCGCCUGGAUUGCGCACUCGACCGAGCCGUCUGGCCGCCCCAACCCCUCGGAGGAUCGCUGCGCCCCUCUCUAGCGGGAGACCGGGGGGCCCGCCUCGGCGUUCAUGUCACCCUUGGGUCUGACCAGACCAGGUCGAAGGGUCCUGUGCUGGAAGGAAAUCUAAGAUGAAGUUAUGGGAUGUGGUGGCUGUCUUCGUGGUGCUACUCAACACUGUCUCCACCUUUCCUCUUCCUGCUGGUAAGACACCUCCUGAGAAGGCCCGCUCAGUGCCAGGAGGGACUGAAGACGAGCACUCCUCCAACAAGCUGCUGACUCCUUUUGCUGGCCCAAUGGACUCUAAUAUGCCCGAGAAUUAUCCCAAGCAGUUUGGUGAUGUAGUGGAUUUUAUUCAAGCGACCAUCAAAAGACUGAAGAGGUCACCAGAUAAACCAGCUCCAUUUUUUCCUAAACGGGAGAGAAACCGGCAAAAUUCAGCCAAGAACACUAAUAAUUCCAGCAGCAGAAAGGGACGGAGAGGCCAGAAGGCCAAAAACCGGGAUUGUGUCUUAGCCGAGAUACACUUAAAUGUGACUGACUUGGGUUUGGGAUACACCACCAAAGAAGAGCUCAUUUUCCGAUACUGUAGUGGGACGUGUGAAUCCGCUGUAACUUUAUAUGACCAAAUAUUAAACAAUUUAACUCAAAAUAGAAAGUUGGUCAGUGACAAAAUCAGACCACAACCUUGCUGCAGACCCAUUGCUUUUGAUGAUGACCUUUCAUUUUUGGACGAUGACCUAACAACUUACCAUAUAUUAAGAAAACAUUCCGCUAAAAAAUGUGGAUGCGUCUGAUGUCCUUUUGUGUCUGGACAGCGCUACGCUCUUGCAUUCCUGCUAAAAAUGGCAAAGGAGGGACCAGGGCUCCCAAGAAGGUGGAAUGAUGGCUUAGAAGGAAGGAAGAGGACCAAGCGUACAGGAAAUCAGCGGUCGUGGGAGCCUGGUCCGUUAAAACUCCCGUAGAGGAGAAUUGGAGAAGAGGCAACAGUCGGGGCUUUUUUGUUUCUACAGGAAGGCAAAACAUUAGGCAGCAUAGCUCAGGGUUGGAGAUCCAAGAUGGAUGGAGAUAAUCUACACGGUUUGCUUGAGGUGACCCAUCAUUGGCAAUACUUGGCGAGGCAAGUGCUUAACAACACAACUUCUAUUGGAUAACUUGCUUCAUUCUCAUUUUUUCCAGUCCUAGGACUGGGAAGUUACAACCAACUACCCUGAUCUUAAUUCCAACAUAUAGGUACAGUUUGACCUUCACAUUUAAAUGUGGUUGGUUAUUUAAGAUUUUUGUGGGAUAUGGGUAGAUCGGCCAUAUGAAUACCAGAUAAUGUAGAAAAAGAAAGUGAAGUUCAAGAUAACUCUCAGACACAACUGUAUGUUUUAUCAGUGGUAUUUCAGAAGUGGUGACCUCUUCUUAUCCACUCAACCUUGCCAGCUGUCUGUUCCACCAGAGGGCAAGAGGUCAUGGUUUAGUACUAAGUCUGUCCACAAGAAAUGCAGGUGCACUUACACCUAUAUGAGGCCCCUGUUCAUCACUGCAAGCCACAAAGGUCCUAAAUAUGUGGGUGGAAGGGAGCAAGAACAUGGAAAGAAGUUAAGGCAGAAGGCUGUAUGAACUUCAGUAGGGGAGAAAAGCCAAUUGGAGAAAGAAGAAACACAUGUUUGGGGACAAAAUGGGAAAGCUAGCCUAAUCUGUUCUUUUUAUGAUGAAUACACAUACUUAUUUGAAGCACAAAUCUAGCUAAAUGCACAGGUAGCUGUAUGUGCCUAUCAAUCUACUCUGAAGGUCAGUUUUGACUACUCAAAACCUUCUAUAUCUGGGUGCAUGAUUAGGAGGACCUCAGUUCUCCAUCUGUUGGCAUGAAUAAUGAACACAGCCUUAGAAAUUGAGUGCUACGAGAAAGUGUGCAGAGAGUAUCCUUUGUUAUAUCAAGACAGGAUCAGGCACAAUAAAUUUCCCUUGGUGGCACAGGAGCCACUGAGUUCCCUAUUGCCCUGAGUUGCUAGGCAACCAUGAGUGGUACCGUGCCUUGUCCCACCAGGAUAAUAUGAGAAAGCCCUGACCACAUGGAAGGAGCCCACACUGCAGCUCUUCUCCGUGUUACUUUCAAUUUUCAGAAAGUUCUAGAAAGGGGAGGAGGGGCUGCACCGGCUCCUUAUAAGGGUGGGGUCCCAGAUCACUUAGUAGCAUGGGAAAGUAUCACUGAGUGAGACAUUAACAGAAAGAAAUAUUUGAAUACAGCAAGGGAUAGUCAUGCACAAGUUAAGUGAGCUAGCUGAAGUUUUAGAAUAGCCUCUAAAACCAAAUCCAACAAAAAAAUUUAUGGAAGUAUGGCCAAUGUUUUAAUUGCCUCAUUUUUUUUCCCAGCAUGCUCAUCAUUUAGCAUUCAGCUCUUCCCAUUCUCUGUGAAGAGAAGUUGUGUUUUUAAUCACUAGUUCUUGGCCUGGGCUACACCAUGAAACCCUGUGGAUCUGUUUUGUUGCGUUGUUUACAAAAGGACUAAGAUCACUUACUUAAUAAACUACAUUUCUUUUUGGGGUCGUCACGAGUUAGCAGACUACUUGAUGCAAUGCAUCCAGUCAGAGACAAAUCUACAGAAGGAUAUUUAUUGAGAUUUUAAGUUAUUAUGAUUAUUAUUUAUUACAGUCAUGAGUUUCCUUUCCUUUAUUUAUUAAAGCUUCUUUCUUCAAAACAGGUGCCAAAGUUAUCAUGAGAUAGUAACGCUGGGAACAAAAAAUCCAUUCUUUUCUUUUCUUUUUUAAAGUAUUAAGAAUUAUGGACAGGAAAACCAUGCAAAAAAAAAUCACUUACUUUACCUUUUGAACACAAGCCACAGAAGAAUCUCUAACCUGGUAGUCCAGUUCUGCAGUACUUCUGUAAUUUCUAAGGCCCCUUCCGCACAUGCAAAAUAAUGCGUUUUCAAACCACUUUCACAACUGUUUGCAAGUGGAUUUUGCCAUUCCGCACAUGCAGAAUAAUGCACUUUCAAACUGCUUUCAGUGCUCUUUGAAACUGUGUGGAAUGGCAAAAUCCACUUUGUAAUUUCCCUCUGUAAUUUCCAUGUCCCACCGCUGGACAUCCACCAGUUACAAGUUCUUACAAAGUCAGGAACAGCCAUGCAACCAGUGAGCUAAAGCAGCCUCGAAUACAAGCAUUAGACCCUCCUCUUCAUCCAGACAACUGAAAUCUGUCUGCAAGGGUAUGCUCAUGUGCAUCAGGCUACAUGUGUACACGGCAUGUUGGUAUUGUGAUGCUUAUCUGUGGCGCACUGGGAUCACCAGAUGACUUUUGAUGGAAAUGUCAGUGUGCAAUGCCCAUCCACAUCUACAGGUUGUUUUACACCAGCGGUUCUCAACCUGUGAGUCGUGGCCCCUUUGGGGGUCGAACGACCCUUUCACAGGGGUCGCCUAAGACUCUGCAUCUGUGUUCUCCAUCUGUAAAAUGGAUAAAUGUUAGGGUCGGGGGUCACCACAACAUGAGGAACUGUAUUAAACGGUCGCGGCAUUAGGAAGGUUGAGAACCACUGUUUUACACAGACGUGGAGCUAAAUCAGGGCCCAUCUUUUUAAUUGUAACCCACAAAAAUUGCUAAUGUUAAAAAGGAGUAGGUAGAAUAAGAAAUGAGGGAGACCCCAAAAAAGUUCAGGCAAAAUUUAACUCCUUAGCUGAACACCACCCCAUAGAUAUUAACAAGAUUUACAAAUGUCUGGCUUUGGCCAAACUACACCCCCACCCCACCCACAGUUAGUUUUCAGCAAUUUUCUUCAGCUGAAGUGCAAGCAUCAAAGCUUAUGAAGGAAAAUUAGAAGGUUUUCAAAAACCUUUGAAAACCUUAGCAUCAUUCUAACAACGAAUGGUGUUGGAAGAAUCCCUGGUCAUGUCACAAUUUGCAGCGUAUACAAAGGUUGGGGGAAGCCCAGUGAAAAAAAUAUGAGAAAUAGGUAGAUGCUAAAAUUUCACAAAGCAGAAGCAAAUCUUGCAAUGCAAUUCUAAGCAGAGUUAUAUCCUUCUAAGUGUGGGCUUAUAAGGGGAUAACCUUAGGUGUACUGCCGCCCUGUAGACUGGUGGUUCAGAUACUUAUUUUUUGGUUUUUUUCAAAUCAGGCUUUCUUGAUCAAUUUUUUGAUUAAAUUUGGAUUAAAGUUUUUGUGUGCCUGUUUGUUUGGAAGAUAUUGGUGCAUACAUUUUCUUUACAAACCUGAUCUGUUGGUGCAACCUGUAAAGAAAAACUGAAAUUACUUUUAACCAAAGUUGUAGCUUUUUGAUUGGCCAUUCUUUCCUGAUUUGUGAACAGGAGUCCUGUUCCUAGAGAUAAUAGGAGCUGACUCUAACCCUCUUGUAGACAAAGGGAGUUGGACUUGAUGGCCCUUGGCGUCUCUUCCAAUUCUAUGAUUCGAAGUAUUGAGUAGAUUUAAUAGUGUUCUAUGGUAAUUUGGACUCAGAGCAGAAGAACAGGAGAACUGAUCAGCUCUCCCCAGGAAUUAUAAAUAUGCAAACAGCAUACAAGUACUUAAGCACUUGUACACAAGUAACUAACAUUGCCCCCACCCCAAAAUUUAAGAAUUUGUUCAGCAUUUUGCAGUUUCACAUGGGUAAUAAUACCUUUAUUCUGAAGUCAUAUCCCAGAGUAUAGUGGAAUUCAUAUCAGUUCCAUCCAUUCCUCCUUAUUCCUGUUAGUUACUGUUAACCCUACAGAAAUACUGCAGAACUGGGGCCAUAAUUAAUGUUGGGGGGGGGGGGUAGGUAAUAAUAAUUGAAGUACAUUUUCCAUUUUUUAAUUCUUGCUUUAUACUGUGAUCUGCUAAAACCAAUAAACAGCGGCAGUCGGGAGAAAGUUGGCGAUGCCUAGAUACCCCUGCAGUCGGGAAGACCAAAAUCUCACCGAUUGCAGGGAUGCUUCGGUCCAGUUAAAAAUGACGGCCAGGGGGCUGUGUUGUUGUUGUUUUUUAAAAAAAGCUUAUCCAUGGGGUGGUAGACCUCUUCUGUGCCAUGCAAAAUGCAGAUUAAUUUGACCAGCGGAAGUAGCAUACCAAAGAUCUGUGGGGCAGUGUUAGUGGGCAGAAUUUAAGGCAGCAGUCAAGUUUAAAUCCAGUUCUCUGCCUUUGGAAGCCUUGCGUGGGUAUGCAUUUGUUGUCAAACCUACCCAGUGCCCUAUUUCAACUGAGUACCGACCUUUCUCCAGCAUGCCCUAUACAUAUUUGCUUUCUCUUGCACUUCUCUUUGAGCCAUUUCUUGCCCUACUGCUGCAGAGGUCUUGUGCUAACUAGCCUUGAUGCAGGUUUACCUGGCAGUAAAUCCCCGUGGUUCCAUGGUUUUAGAUAAAGCAUGUUUAGGAUUCUAACUGCCUGGAUUAGAUAUAAAGUGAAGGUAAACAGCUACAAUAUAGGUAGUCUUUUACCAAGCAAUGCAUAAUCCAACCAGCAUUUUUUUAAAAAAAAAAUCUAAAAAUGGAUUAUGAGACUAUAAGAACAACAUCUUUGAACACAUGAAGCUGCCUUACGCCGAGCCAGAUCAAAGUAGCACUGUCUGGCUGGCAGCUCUCCAGGGUCUUAGGUAGAGGUCUUUCACAUCACCUGCUGUCUUUUUAACUGGAAAAAGCAGGGUCUGAACCUGGGGCUUGUUUUAUGCAAAGCAGGUGCUCUACCUGUGAGCUAUGGCCGCACAUCACGCAGAUUAAAAAACAUGGCACACUUGUGUCCAAAUCAACCUUCCUGUUUUUUCUGUUAUGUUUCCUAUCAGCUUUGUUCCUUUAUGCCUUGGAUCAUAGCUGUGAUGUGCAAGUCCCAAUGGGUUUCAGUGGAUGGGAUCUGAGCAGCUGCAUAACACUGCUUCUAAAGUCGAUUGGAAAAUCUCGGCUGGACUGUGCCCAAAGGCUCUGAUAGCGAAAGAAUAAUGCGCCUAUAAUAUCCAGGUAGAGAGACGAUGCACAAGACCUCUGUUCAGAUCUUGCAAAAACGUUUAGCAUAUUAAUAGGAUUUUGCACACAACGCCAUACCCAGGAAAUGGAGCACAAUUAGGGACUGUUGCCAUGAUGCAAAAUGGGCCGCACCCUUUUCUUUGCAGGAAUCUUAAUGGCAGAUUCAACAAGAACUGGUGGUCUGGACUCCACACACGCAUUUGGGGGAUGUCAGGGCUGUGUUGCUCCUAGAGGGGAAACAGUAGAAAACCCAGCUUUCUGCUCAGUUCUCUUGACACAUAAAGGAUCAGCUGUGCUUAAGUGCAGGCAACACGCUUGAUGGAUUUGGUUGCAACCCCAACCAACUCAAGCAACCAGAUUACAAUUUGGAAGAGAAUUCAUAUAUCAGGCAACACUGCAGCUGCACCCUUUAGCCAGUGCUGUGUAAGAAACACUGGUUCCUAUGCUUACAUGCAGCUGCGUCCUUACUUGCAUUACUGAUUGCUGGGUAUCAUCCUGUCCUGACCACAUGGAAGUGUCAUCUUUUAAGAAUGCUGCUUAUGUUAGCUUUCUGAACCUUGACUGCAGUGGCAUUUCAAUAGAGCUUGAUGAAUUUGCUCUCAGCUUUCUUCCAGAUUCGGUCUCAACCUAAUGCAACAUUCAAAAACUACCAAAAAAAGGGGUAAAGUUUGUGAUUUUUUUUAAUUUAAAAAAAAAUCAAACACAAGAUCAUUGUUCUCUGGGGAUUGUUACCUUACCUACCAUUACGUCUCAAAUAUUUGUGUUAAUCAACCAAAGUUCUCUACAGACUUUAUUUUUGUACAAUAUGCAUUUUAUAAACUUUUUAUGAAAUAAAGCUCAUUUCUAUCAUUA